AUGCCUGCUACUCUCCCCACCUAUCCAGCCAUAAGGAGUCUUUCACUACAGACCUCGAAACCCCAGGACGACACCCUUCGAAAGUCGGACCCACGGUACGUCAGUACACCGUUUACUAAGACUUCUCCCAACCGAACUGCUUGGCUGCUGUGUACUCGUCUGAGUGCUCCAGCCCAGUGUCCCGAAGAUGUAUACCAGCUCAUGUUAAAUUGUUGGGAAUACGAGCCACACAAACGACCCAGCUUCAGCAGCAUGCUCCAAGACCUGAUUGUGAUUCAGAAGAAGCAGCGCCCUUGUGGGGCCACAGCCGCAGGCCACAACGGGGGCGACGGAGCGGCCCUGGGCGCCAAGCCGGGGAGCCUGCCCGUGGGCACCCCCAGCGCCCCAGGCCCGUCUUGCGGCGGGCGCUGGGGGAGCGAGGCGGCGCCCCACCUGCCUCCGAGGCGCUUCGGGCCCGGCUCGGCCUCGCCGGAGGAGGAGGAGGNGGCGGGGGGGGGACGAGGGGGGUCCCCCAGGCUGACCAGCCUCUCUCUCCCCCCCGCGCAGAGCCAGAUCUCGGCGCUGCAGAGCCGCAUCGAGCAACUGGAGCAGUUGCUGGAGGAGAACCACGAGAUCAUCGGCCGCAUCAAGGACUCGGUGCUGGAGCUGACGGCCGGGCACGAGGGGCGGACCGCGCCGCUGCCCGUCCGGCUGCCCAACGGCUCCUGGGCGCUGCCCGCCAACGGCCGGCCCGGCUUCUUCUCCGUGGCGCCCGGAGACUGCCGGCCAGGCCCGCGCGCCGCCCGCCCCGAGCCCGACCUGCAGAUGCUGGCGGUGUCGGCGCUGCUGCCCUACGACAACCAGGACGGCGGGGCGUGGAAGCAGGGCUUCGAGAUCACCUACGAGCCCCACGAGUGGGACGCGCAGCCGCUGCAGGUCUUCGUGGUGCCCCACUCCCACAACGACCCAGGCUGGAUCAAGACAUUUGACAAAUACUACGUCGAUCAGACUCAGCACAUUCUGAACAAUAUGGUGCUGAAGCUGCAGGAAGACCCCCGGCGGCGCUUCAUCUGGUCUGAAAUCUCCUUCUUCUCCAAAUGGUGGGACAACAUCAGCAGCCAAAAACGGGCUGCAGUCCGCAGGCUCAUAGGGAAUGGGCAGCUUGAGAUGGCCACAGGAGGCUGGGUGAUGCCAGAUGAAGCUAAUUCCCACUAUUUUGCCAUGAUUGACCAGCUCAUUGAAGGGCACCAAUGGCUGGAGAAGAACAUUGGGGUGACCCCACGCUCCGGCUGGGCAGUGGAUCCCUUUGGUCACAGCGCCACGAUGCCUUACCUCCUGCGUCGGGCUAACCUGACCAGCAUGCUCAUCCAGCGUGUCCACUAUGCCAUCAAGAAGCACUUUGCAGCUACUCAGAGCCUGGAGUUCAUCUGGAGGCAGAGUUGGGAUGCAGACUCCAGCACAGACCUCCUCUGCCACAUGAUGCCUUUCUACAGUUAUGAUGUGCCCCACACUUGUGGGCCUGACCCGAAGAUCUGCUGCCAAUUUGACUUCAAGAGGCUGCCAGGUGGGCGCAUCAACUGUCCCUGGAAAGUCCCUCCCAAGGCCAUCACCAGCAGCAAUGUGGCCGAGCGGGCACAGCUUCUGCUUGACCAGUACCGGAAGAAGUCCAAGCUGUUCCGAAGCAGCGUCCUGCUGGUGCCCCUGGGAGAUGACUUCCGCUACGACAAGCCCCAGGAAUGGGAUGCCCAGUUCCUCAAUUACCAGCGCCUCUUUGACUUCCUGAAUGCCCGUCCAGAGCUGCACGUGCAGGCCCAGUUUGGGACACUCUCAGACUAUUUUGAUGCCCUGUACAAGCAGAUGGGCAUCAUCCCGGGCAUGAACCCGCCGGGCUUCCCAGUGCUCAGUGGGGACUUUUUUUCCUACGCAGACCGGGAGGACCACUACUGGACAGGCUACUACACUUCCCGGCCCUUCUAUAAGAGCAUGGGCCGAGUGCUCGAAGCCCAUCUCCGGGCUGCUGAGACCUUAUACAGCUUGGCCCUGAGUCACGCCCGCCACGUUGGCAUGGAAAGCAGGUACCCACUGUCCGAUUAUGCCAUGCUCACAGACGCCCGGCGCAAUCUGGGGCUCUUCCAGCAUCACGAUGCCAUUACUGGCACCGCCAAGGAAGCAGUAGUGGUGGACUAUGGUGUCAGAAUGCUCCACUCGCUGAUGAAUGCCAAGAGGGUCAUCAUCAAUGCUGCCCAUUACUUGGUCCUGGCAGACAAGGAGGCCUACCACUAUGACAUGGCAAUGCCCUUCCUUGGCGCAGAUGAGACCCGUCUCAACCAGGACUCCCUGCCAGAGAAAAUGGUGAUCAAAUUGGAUGCCACACCCAGGUUUGUGGUGGUAUUCAAUCCGCUGGAGCAAGAACGCCUGACUGUGGUAUCCCUGCUGGUGAACACCCCUCGGGUCUGCAUCUUGAAUGAGGAAGGGCAGCCCCUUGCUGUGCAGCUCAGUGCCCAGUGGCAGUCUGCCACAAACAUGGUGCCCGAUGUCUUCCAGGUGUCUGUCAUGAUACGCCUGCCGGCACUGGGCCUCACCAUCCUGCAAUUGGUCAAGUCUUUUGACAGCCACAACACGCUGACCUCUUCGGUGCGCCUCUUCCUGCACGGCCGUGAUUUCGCUGGGCAUAAGCACGAAGCCCUCCCCAUACAGGUCCUGCCCACCACUGUGGACGAUUUCUGCCUGGAGAACCAGCACUUGAGAGCUUGUUUCUCAGGGCCGAGCGGCUCGCUCAAGAGUGUGCAUCAUGUUGGCGACAAAUGGGAGCAGCAGCUGAGCAGCCAGUUCCUCAUCUACGGGACCCGGACGACCAAGGACAAGAGCGGUGCCUACCUUUUCCUGCCCGAUGGUGAAGCCAAGCCCUACACCCCCAAGGACCCUCCGGUGGUGCGGGUGACCGAGGGGCCCUUUUUUUCAGAGGCAGCCAUUUACUACCAGCACGUCCAAGAGGUGGUCCGGCUCUACAAUGUGCCAGGGGUGGACGGCCUCUCCCUGGAGAUCUCCUGCCUGGUCGACAUUCGUGACCACGUCAACAGGGAGCUGGGUCUGCGCUUCAGCAGCAGCAUUGAGAGCAAGGGCAGGUUCUUCACUGACCUGAAUGGCUUCCAGAUCCAGCCCCGGCAGUACCUGGAGAAGCUGCCACUGCAGGCCAACUUCUAUCCCAUGCCAGUCAUGGCCUACAUCCAGGACAGCCAGCACCGCCUGACUCUGCACACAGCCCAGGCCUUGGGAGUGUCCAGCCUGGGCAGCGGCCAGCUGGAGGUGAUUCUGGACCGGCGUCUCAUGCAGGAUGAUAACCGUGGACUAGGACAAGGUCUGAAGGACAACAAGCGGACCUGCCAUCGCUUCCGCCUCCUGCUGGAGCGAUUCAGCUCGGCAAACAAGAGCUCCAGCUUCUUUUCCAAACUGGCCUCCAUGCUGAGAGACCUGGUCCUCCCUAGCAGCAAGGCUGAAAGCCCAGAGGCCCAGGAGGACCAGCCCACCAGCUUCCCAUCUCUGCUCAGCCACAUCACCUCCAUGCACCUGAAUGCGGAGGUUCUCUCCAUGCCGCUUGUGCAGGAAAAACUGCCCCCUCCAGCAUUGAGGUCUUUUGCGCCGCUUUCGACUACGGUGCCCUGCGACUUCCACCUUCUCAACCUUCGAACGUUGCAAGGAGAGGACGAGGCCUUGCCGUCUGCUGAGACAGCUCUGAUUCUGCACCGGAAGGGCUUUGACUGCGGCCUGGAGGCCAGGAAUCUGGGCUUCAAUUGCACCACCACCCAGGGCGUGCUGUCCCUAGGUAGCCUAUUUCAGGGCCUGAACCUGAUCUCCGUGCAGCCCUCUUCCUUGACGCUGAUGUAUCCGCUGACCACGGCCUCCCCCAACAGCGCCACCAUCCAACUUGACCCCAUGGAGAUUGCCACCUUCCGUCUUCGCUUCGGAUAGCCUGAACCCUUCAUCAGGAAUUUCUGCAUAUGGACCUUCUCCCUCCUCUGGCAUAGCUGCCCCAGAGGGAGCUGCUCCAUGCCAGGCAGAGACAGAGAUGAGAUCCUCGGCUAGCUGUGUCCUUUGAUGCUGCAGGAAUUGCCCGGGGUGCUAUCUGUGCCUGGAGAACUUGGGGCACUGCUUCCAGAAUUUGGUUCUAGUUUGACACGGAGGGCAGCGGACUAUGCUGUGAG